AUGGGACAUAAGGAGUAUAGACUGGAAAAUGAUAAAAAACGGAAGCGCAAAUGCUGGAUGCGACCGAUAUUUCGACCAGAAAGAAGACGAUUGCAAGGAGCAAGUAACAACUUGGUACGAGAGAUGCAAUUGAAUGAUGCAGACAAGUAUUUCAAUUACUUUAGAAUGUCAUCUGAAACAAUUCAAAGACUGUUAGCAUUGGUUGGACCACAUAUUACAAAACAAGAAUGUAUCAGGGAACCAAUACCUCCUCGUACUCGAUUGGAAAUUACUUUACGCUAUUUAGCAUCUGGAGACAGUAUGUCAUCAAUUUCAUAUGCAUUUAGAAUCGGUCAUAAUACAGUUUCCAAAAUAAUAGCAGAGACAUGUAAAGUAAUAUGGACCACCUUAAAAGAAGAAGUUUUUUUGCAACCUAAUGCAACUAAUUGGCAGACAAUCAGUGAAGAUUUCAACAAGUACUGGAACUUUCCACAUUGCAUUGGAGCAAUAGACGGCAAACACAUUAUAAUACAGGCGCCAGCUAAUAGUGGCUCGUGCUUCUACAAUUACAAAGGAAAUCAUAGCAUCAACUUGCUAGCCGUUAGUGACGCUAAGUAUCGUUUCAUAAUUGUAGACAUCGGAGCUCCGGGAAGGCAAGGUGAUUCAGGAGUUCUCACCAACAGCGGGUUGAUGAAUCUAUUAGAAAACAAUAAAUUAAAAAUACCACCAGCUGUACAGCUCGAUAACAGUACCAAAGAAUUUCCCUUCGUCUUUGUUGCAGACGAAGCGUUUCCACUCACGACUUUCAUGAUGAGGCCAGGAUUAGUAGAUAUCAAUAGAAGAAACAUAACUCGAAAUAUUGAAGCAGUUAAAGUGCGGGAUUCGUACGCGUCGUACUUCGAAAAUGUAAAUCCAUUAUCAUGGCAGUGGGAUAAAGUACUCGCAAAUGAUUUUUAA